CUUCUCUGAAAGCUGUUCUAUAAAGCUGGUCUGCCUGCUUUCACUGGAAGCAUUAUAUUCUUAAGACUGAGUCGGGUUUUGUGGAAGUAUUGUUGAUUUGACUCUCUUUGGGGAAUGGAAGGUGAGGGAGGACUUUAAAGGAAGAAAGGGGCAGGCUGAAAAAGCAAAAUCAUCAAGAAUUUUGUUGUCACAUCUUGCCGUGCCGGUGUUACAGCCAGCUCUAUAGACUGCUGCACUGAAAACAUUUCUAUGAGAGAAUUUUGCUGCAUCACAGGAGCUGGAAGUUCUGAUGUUCCAUUGAAAUCACAAUGGAAAGUCUUGACUUGACUGGUUCUAGUAAUGAAAGGCAGUAAUAGAAAUAAAGAUUCAACAGAAGAAGGGACUGGAAAACGACCAAAACGGAAGUGUCUUCAGUGGCAUCCAUUGCUAGCAAAGAAACUUUUGGACUUUUCAGAAGAGGAGGAGGAGGAAGACGAAGAAGAAGAUAUUGAUAAGGUUCAGCUUCUUGGGGCCGAUGGCCUAGAGCAAGAUGUUGGUGAGACUGAAGAUGAUGAAUCACCAGAACAGCGUGCCAGGAGACCAAUGAAUGCAUUUCUUUUAUUUUGCAAACGCCAUCGCUCCCUUGUCCGUCAAGAACACCCUAGGCUUGAUAACCGAGGUGCUACCAAGAUACUAGCUGAUUGGUGGGCUGUUCUCGAUCCAAAGGAAAAACAGAAAUAUACAGACAUGGCUAAGGAGUAUAAAGAUGCAUUUAUGAAAGCAAAUCCUGGCUACAAAUGGUGUCCUACCACAAACAAGCCUGUGAAAUCACCAACACCCACUGUCAAUCCACGAAAGAAACUUUGGGCCUUUCCGCCUGACUCUUCAAGAGAUCUGCCAAGUCCCAAGAAAGCAAAGACUGAAGAAAUGCCUCAGCUUAACUUUGGAAUGGCCGAUCCUACCCAAAUGGGAGGGCUGAGCAUGCUGCUGUUAGCUGGAGAACAUGCUCUUGGAACACCAGAGAUAUCCUCUGGCACUUGCAGACCUGAUGUUUCAGAAUCCCCUGAAUUACGGCAGAAGUCACCAUUAUUUCAGUUUGCCGAGAUAUCGUCAAGUACAUCCCAUCCUGAUGUUCCUACAAAGCAGUGUCAAGCAUCAGCCUUGUUUCAGUUUGCAGAGAUCUCCUCACACACUUCCCAGUUGGGUGGCACUGAGUCUGUGAAACGCUGUGGGAAGUCUGCGCUCUUUCAACUGGCAGAGAUGUGCUUAGCCUCAGAGGGGGUAAAAAUGGAAGAUGCAAAAGAAUGGAAGAAAGCGAAAGAAUCAGAUGGUGGAAGAAUCACAGAAUUGGAGAAGGGACAGGAAGAGAGAGAAAUAAAAAUGGAGAAAACACAUGAAGAUGGGUUACAAAAGGAAGCAGAAUUUGAAAAAUCAUUUAAAGAUAAUGUAAGAGAGGCUAAGGAAUUGAGAAAUUUUGAAGAGCUACAAAUGGAUGAUGUAAUGGCUAUAAAAAUGGAAGACCCCAAAGAAAUUAGGAAAGAAGAAUUAGGGGAAGACCAAAAAUAUAGUCACUUCCCCGAUUUUUCUUAUUCUGCCAGUAGCAAGAUAAUAAUAAGUGAUGUUCCCAAUAGAAAGGAUCAUAUGUGCCACCCUCAUGGGAUUAUGAUCAUUGAGGAUCCUACUGCCCUAAACAAACCAGAAAAGCUGAAGAAGAAAAAGAAGAAAAGCAAGGUAGAUCGACAUGGAAAUGAUAAAUCCACACCCAAGAAGACUUGCAAAAAGAGGCAGUCUUCCGAAUCUGACAUUGAGAGUGUCAUAUAUACCAUUGAAGCUGUUGCAAAAGGAGACUGGGGUGUUGACAAACUUGGAGAUGCCCCAAGAAAGAAGGUCCGCACCUCUUCAAGUGGCAAGGGAAGCAUUUUGGAUGCUAAGCCACCAAAGAAAAAAGUGAAAUCAAGAGAGAAGAAAAUGUCAAAGGAGAAAUCCUCAGACAUCACCAAAGAGUCAAGACCUCCAGAUUUCAUUAGUAUUUCUGCCAGUAAGAGCAUUUCUGGUGAGGUGCCAGAGGGUAUAAAAGCAGAACCAUUGACCCCCACGGAAGAUGUACUACCACCUAACCUUUCUGGACAAGCCAAGCCAGAGGACAGUGAAUGUCACAGAAAAAUAGAGACCUGUGGCUCCAGGAAAUCCGAGAGGUCUUGCAAAGGUGCUCUUUAUAAAACCCUGGUGUCUGAGGGCAUGCUCACCUCUCUGCGAGCUAAUGUUGACAGAGGUAAACGAAGCUCAGGUAAAGGAAACUCCUCUGAUCAUGAAGGAUGUUGGAGUGAGGAAAGCUGGACAUUUAACCAGAGUGGGACCAGUGGGAGCAAGAAGUUCAAGAAGACAAAGCCAAAGGAAGACUCUCUGCUUGGCUCAACAAAGUUGGAUGAAGAAUUUGAAAAGAAAUUCAACAGCCUCCCUCAAUAUAGUCCUGUUACAUUUGACCGGAAAUGUGUAUCUAUUCCAAGAAAAAAGAAGAAGACUGGAAACAUAUCCUCAGAACCAACUAAAACCAGCAAAGGUUUGCUCAUCUGGGAAAAUAAUGUUGUGUCGAGAUCGUCCAAGAUGGAUGAGGAAAGAAAUAAAGUAGACUUGUUGACAGGUCCCUUCCAGUCUCAGAAAAAGAACUUAUUCCACAAAAUUGUCAGCAAAUAUAAGCACAAAAAGGAGAAGCCUAAUGUUCCAGAAAAAGGAAGUGGGGAUAAAUGGUCACAUAAGCAAUUCUUCUUGGAUGCCAUUCACCCUACAGAAGCCAUAUUUUCAGAAGACAAAAAUACUAUAGAGCCUGCUCUUAAGGUUAAAAAUGCCCUACCCACUUUCAACACUCCAGAGCCAACAGCAAUGCAAGAACCUCUGGUGGGCAGCCAAAAAAGAAAAGCAAGGAAAACCAAGAUUACCCACCUUGUCAGGACUGCUGAUGGCCGCGUAUCACCAGCAGGAGGUACUUUGGAUGACAAACCAAAGGAACAACUGCAGAGGAGUCUCCCUAAAGCAACUGAGACAGACUGCAAUGACGACUGUGUACACAGAGCUGAGGCCGGGGAGACACGGAGCAGCACUCCAGAAAUGCCUGCUGUGUCUGCGUUCUUCAGCCUCGCUGCACUGGCAGAGGUAGCAGCCAUGGAGAAUGUGCACAGAGGUCAGAGGUCAACUCCGCUCACCCAUGAUGGACAGCCAAAAGAAAUGCCACAGGCUCCUGUACUUAUUUCUUGUGCUGACCAGUGAUGCACCCUUUAAUUGUAAAACAUUGUGCUUUACCUACUAUCCUAGCCUUGUCUUUACCAAGGGAUGCUAGUGAGUCCAUGUAUGGAAAAUAUAAACUGCAAACAAGUGCUUGUUGCCCUACAUGGCCCAGAUUCACUUGAAGCAGAAGUUAGCAUCCUGGGCCAGUUCUUUCAGAACCCAGAAUCGUUGAGGGCAUCGUUAUCAGUCUGAUAAUGAGCAGAAAUAGAAUAAUCCUGGAGCUCCGCUUUCCAUUGAAGGCUUUUGGCGGUAAUAGGUGGUAACUUGGUAAAAGGCUGCCUUUACUGUAGCUCACCCAGCAUCUCUUACCAACGAGAGAGUGUGAAACUAGUUUCAUAUAUUACCUAGUUAUUCUUUCAAAACAAACAAACAAAAAAAAACAAAAAAACAAACUGACGCACUGCACUAGUUAUUAUUAGAUAUUCUUAGUCUUUUUUGUACAUGGAGAUUUAAGUUCUAAGAUGGUUUAUAUAAUAGGUUAUACCUACAUUUAUAUUGUAGAAUAAAUAUUAAAAUGCCUGUUCCUGAGACUCCCAAGCAGGGUGGCAGGCAGCAGAUGUACCAUUGUUAGCGGUGUAUGCUCGGCCUCGUGGUCCAUAGAUUCUGCACUUUUAUAUUUGCCACCAGAGUGGUAAUUUGCUGGCAAAGAGAUAUGAGAGAGAAAGGAGAGAGAGAGAGAGCGAGAGAGAGAGAGAGCGAGAGAGAGAGAGAGAGAGAGGAAAAAGAGUUACAAUUCUUACAAUCUGAAUUUUUUCUUAGCCUUGAGAGACCAAGAAGAAUUUGCUUGGGGCAAAUUGUGGCAAAUACUUUCCCAUACAAGGGAAGAGUCCUGCAGAUUACAGAUUCCUGGUGUUUUCAUGCCUUGAGGAUUCUUCACUUUUUACACAGAGGUCUCUGUGACCAAUGGAUCGUUCAUACAAACAAACAACAAAAAAAGACAAAAAUAUUACUCAGAAGUGACCUUAGUAUUACUUCACUAUUCUAUACACAUUGAAGACACUCCCUUCAUGUGGACCUUUUCCAUCCAUCAGACAGACUGGACGGGUUGCGAUUGCUAUGCACAGCCGAAUUGGCACUAUAGGUUUUUAGAGAGCCAUUUCAAGUUUGUGUUGUUGAGGGGAGGUAUUGAGUAAAGGAUGAGGGAGGCAUGUCUGAGGAGGGCCUCUCAGUCAGAUCACCUGCAAGUUUCUGUUUCCUUUUUAUGUUUUGUUGCUUUUAAACAUAACACCAACUAUCCAUAUGCUAGUGCCAAGUGGAUUAACUGGCUCAGAACAUUCAGCAUAUUGGCUUAACCACCUGACGUUCACAGUGUCUUGUUUCCUAGCAACAGAUGCAAAGUGAUAAAUCAAAAUUAGUCUGAGGCUGCAGAUGUUACAGGGUAUUUGUUCCAUAGCACAAAGUAUUCCCCCACUCUCGUGUCACAGCACAAACUACCAAAUUUUAAUUAUUGGAUUCCAGCAAUAAUUUUUAAUGGUUUUCAAAUGGGCAGAGUUUUGAUAGUGCUAGUUCAAGUUUGAAGCUUUUGAAUUAGAUCUCUAAAUGGUGACAGUUUACAUGGUUUUACCUAGCUUUCUUAUUUAUACUUGACUGAAUUGUAAUGAUUUUUUUCUAAUUGUAAUUUGACCUAAUAGCCAUAUAAAAAUGACUCUCUUAAUACUGACUAGGUUUAGCUUCUCAUGGUUGUAGAUAUUACUUCAGUUUCGGUGCUGAGAAAUAUGUACAACGUUCUAACAAGAUUAUAAAAUGAUAUCGAGGGCUUUUUUUUUUUUCUUUCCCCAAAGCAAGUGAAGAGGACAGCAGAACGUUAGAAUGGUAUCCUCAGAAAUGCAUAUUCAUUGUGGGGAUAGAGGAAGUAGGAAUCAACAAAGGGUUAAUCAGUGGUUAUAAGUAACCCCAUUCACUUAAGUGAACAGCCCCAGUUUUUAGCAUACUAUUUUUACUAUGAUACUGUUUUGUUAAUGCUUUUAAAAUUUCAAAACAAAAAAUGAAUGUUUGAAAAUUGCUGGGUCCUGGUGUUUGGUGGUGGUUUGGAGUUUUGGACCGCUUGCUAGCAAUGAUUUAAAAAUUAUAAUUAGCUAAAAUCCAAAAACAAAUAAAAAAGUAAGAACCCAACAACAGUUGUAUGGUGCAGAACAUGCAUCUUGACAAUGGUACUAACUUGUUAUUCUGUAGAACACAUUAGAAUAGAUCUAUUUUUGCCAGAGCACCCUCCCUCAGUCCUCCAGUUACAUUUCACUAGAGUUCCUUAAGAGAUUGCUGUAUAUUCCUGGGACCUUUUUUU